AACCAGCAAGUAGAAGAAGCCUAGUAGGUGCAGAAUUUGAAAGUGUGUACAAAAGUUCAAUUUAAUACUGAAAUUUAUAGCAGCCCAUCACAAAACUAGCCAACAACCCCAUCACAAUUCUCUCAUUCCAAUGGCGGCCAUCAUCAACAACAUCCUAAAACGCGCCGCCAUCAUACCCCACCGCUUCUACAUCCGUCAAAUGAGCAACAUACCGGAAAACACCGUAUACGGCGGUCCAAAACCCCAAAACCCAGAUAAAAGAGUCACACUAGCUCAUCUAAAGCAGAAGCACAAGAAAGGAGAGCCCAUAACAAUGGUCACCGCCUACGAUUAUCCGUCCGGCGUACACCUCGACACCGCCGGAAUUGAUAUUUGUCUCGUCGGUGAUUCUGCUGCCAUGGUUGUGCACGGCCACGAUACUACGUUGCCGAUAACUCUUGAUGAAAUGCUUGUUCAUUGUCGCGCGGUGGCGCGUGGUGCGUUGCGCCCUCUUCUUGUUGGGGACCUCCCUUUUGGUACUUAUGAGUCCACCACUCACCAGGCAGUUGAUUCAGCUGUCAGAAUUCUGAAAGAGGGAGGAAUGGAUGCUAUAAAAUUGGAAGGAGCAUCGCCUUCGAGAAUUACAGCAGCAAAGGCUAUUGUUGAAGCUGGAAUUGCUGUGAUUGGACAUGUAGGAUUGACGCCACAAGCCAUAAGUGUUCUUGGAGGAUUUAGGCCUCAGGGGAGAAACAUCUCCAGUGCUGUUAAGGUUGUGGAGACAGCACUUGCUCUGCAAGAAGCUGGAUGUUUUGCUGUCGUUUUGGAAUGCGUUCCUGCAGCAGUGGCUGCUGCAGCAACAGCUGUGUUGGAAAUUCCCACCAUUGGUAUUGGAGCAGGACCUUUUUGCAGUGGACAGGUAUUAGUGUAUCAUGAUCUACUGGGAAUGCUGCAACACCCUCACCAUGCAAAGGUUACUCCUAAAUUCUGCAAGCAAUAUGCGCACGUGGGAGAUGUGAUUAACAAAGCUCUUGUGGAGUACAAGGAUGAAGUGACAAAAGGUUCAUUCCCUGGACCUGCUCACAGCCCAUAUAAAAUCAGUGCUUCAGAAGUUGAUGGUUUCUUGGAUGAGCUAAAGAGAAUGGGAUUGAAUGAAGCUGCCACUGCUGCAGCUGAAGCUGUUGAAAAGAUGGAGUAAAACUAAAUCACCUAAGUGAAGAUCUGUAACAACUCAUUCACUGUCUCUUCUGUCCAAUAAAGUUUAGGGUAUCAGAAUUUUUCGGAUUUCAUACUUUAGCACGAUGAUAGGAUUUGAUAAUGUUGUUCAUGCCUAUAACUCGCUGUCGAGUAGCCGUAAUUGUGCUGAGAGGCUGUAUUUUUAGCUGGAGAAAUUUCAUGGCAAUAAAGGGAGAUUAAGUGCUGCAAAUUUGGUUACAGAAAUGACAUCUCAUUUAGUGUAGGACUUUCUAUUCUCUGAUACAAGAGUCGAUUGUCUUCUUAAUGAGAUCAUGCCCUGUAUGGUUGUAUGCUCAGAAGCAAUAAAGCAGGGGUCUCCCAAUUAUGUAAUUUAUUGUUGAAUUCAUAUUAUGAAGAUUUUUUAGAAAAUGUUUUGUAUUGUGCA